AUGGUGGCACGCAAAUACAUCGAGCGAUCAUUCGGUGUUUUGCAGAAAAGGUGGCGCAUUUUGAGCAUGCCUUAUCGAUUGUAUCAAAAAGAUCAAAUAAGAAACGUGAUGUGCGCGUGCUUCAUUCUACACAACAUGAUUUUAGAGGAUGAAGGCCGGGCAAUAGCUGAAUAUUAUCCCGAGGAGACCCAAUCAAAUAACGAAGACAUUAGUGACAAACAGAGAACGCAAAACAAAAAUCUAAUCAAGUCACGACAAAUAAAUGCAAAUCUUCGAGCUGAUUUGGUACAACCUGUUUCAACACUUCCUAGAUUUGACAACGCUGAAGACGAAGAUGAAGAUGAAGAUGACUGA